CUCUCCUCCCCUCCGGCUCACUGCUGCUUCCCCCCCCAGCAGGAAGGUGUAUAUGGACUACAAUGCCACUACGCCCCUGGCCCCGGAGGUGAUCAAGGCUGUGUCGGAGGCCAUGCGGGACGCCUGGGGCAAUCCCAGCAGUUCCUAUAUAGCAGGUAGGAAGGCCAAGGAGAUCAUCACCAAUGCCCGGGAGAGCUUGGCGAGGAUGGUGGGAGGAAGGCCAGAGGAUAUCGUCUUUACUUCAGGGGGCACAGAGGCCAACAACCUGGUGAUCCACACUGCCUUGGGGCACUUCCGAGAGAGCUGGGAGCAGAGCCAAGACGGGCCUGGGGACAGUGGCCCGCGAGCAGCAGGGACCGCUCCGCACAUCAUCACGUCAAGCGUGGAGCACGACUCUGUGCGCCUGCCACUGGAGCACCUGGUGAAAGAGGGCCUGGCAGAGGCUACCUUCGUGCCUGUGUCCGUGCGAAGCGGGCAGGCUGAAGUGGACGACAUCCUUGCUGCGGUCCGGCCAACCACCUGCCUAGUUUCCAUCAUGUUGGCCAAUAACGAGACUGGCGUCAUCAUGCCCAUCUCAGAGCUGAGCCAGCGCAUCCGUGCCCUCAACCGGAAGAGAACACCUGCGCUGUUGCCCAGGAUCCUGGUGCACACAGACGCGGCGCAGAUGAUCGGCAAGGGGCGUGUGGACGUGCAGGAGCUGGGGGUGGAUUACCUCACCAUCGUGGGACACAAGUUCUAUGCUCCACGGAUUGGCGCGCUGUAUGUGCGUGGCCCCGGCACCACCGUCCCACUGCACCCCAUGCUCUUUGGAGGGGGACAGGAGAGGAAUUUCCGUCCAGGCACCGAGAACACCCCGAUGAUCGCUGGCCUUGGCAAAGCUGCAGAGCUGGUGAGCAGAAACUGGGAGGCCUAUGAGGCACACAUGCAGGAUGUUCGGGAUUACCUGGAGGCCAGGCUGGAGGCCUCCUUCAGGAAGCAGAGGAUCCACCUCAACAGCCAGUUUACAGGCUCCAAGCGUCUCUGUAACACCUGUAACUUCUCCAUCCUGGGCCCAGGCCUUCAAGGGCGAAGGGUGCUGUCGCACUGUAAGACGCUUCUCGCCAGCGUUGGGGCUGCUUGCCACUCUGAGAAGGGGGAGCGGCCCUCCUCGAUUUUGCUCAGCUGUGGGAUCCCCUACGACGUGGCGCAAAACGCCUUGCGGCUGAGCGUGGGGCGAGACACCACCCGGGCAGACGUGGAUCUGGUUGUGCAGGACCUCGUGCAGGCCGUGGCGCAGCUGGACCAGGACAACGCCCCUUAAACCUAGGGAAUCACUCCCCGGCUGUCAGCCAGGUUCUUGAGACGGGAUUGUGCCCCUGGGUGCUGGCUGCCUCCAUGCAAAACAGAGACCAAAACAACCCAGUUAGAGCAGCUGUCCACUUCAUGCUGGCUGCAGGGGGGCAAGACAGGAGCCAAGCUAACAGCAAGCCACUGCCAACAGGACAGGCCCCUCGAACCCUACCUCCGAUGUAGGAACCAUGUGGCGGCAGACUGAGUUGAUUCUGGCUGAAUAUUUUUGGCAGGAUUCAAUUUCUGCCUGAUCACCCAGCUGAAUUGACCCAGUCUGCAGUUUGUGAUCCUGGACCGGAUGUCAGGGAAGCGGUGGCUGGUGGUGGCAGGAGGAGGAAGCAGCAUCACCCGUUUCAGCAGCAACGUGCUGUUAGGCCAGCUUAGCUAUGUUUCAGCUUGCCCUCGCAGGGAUCGUAGAGGGGGCUGGCAUGUCUCCACAGCCUGUGCCGCUCCAGCAGAGAAGCUAUUUCAGGCACAGGGUGAUGGGGUGCUGUGCCAAGGAGGCAGCUGUGCUGUUUUGGUGAUGGGGCCGUGCAUCACGGGCUUGCUGAGGACUCUGUUAUCCCUACUGCAUGGCGUAGGCAUUUGGGGAACCUUGCUGCCAGGCUGCUCCCUGUUUCUUCGCACAUAACGCAGCUGCCGCACGUGGGCGUGUUUGCGUGUGUGUGUGUGGACACAACAGGGUCUCAAUGCUUGACUCCCUCCAGAGGAUAACAGGCCUUCCAGGCUGUGGGAGAUGGAGCUUUUUGCCCUGAUUGUUUUCCACAAAGCAAGUUUGCCUGCUGUCUUGUCACUCCGAGGAAGAAAGAUGAUCUCUCCCAGUGGCAAAUGAGUUUAUAGUAGUAUAGUAAGGAGCUGGGCUGGGAACUGCCCUCCCCCUGACAAGGCCCUAAGCUACCACGGAUUUGUUGGCUGGAAAGGUACUGGGCAUGGUUUUCCCAGCGCUGUGUUGCCUUACCUGCUCCUCUUCCUCCUGUCCUUCCUACAGUGAGCGGAGCUCCUGUCGCAAACUGCAGGUGUCCCUAAAGAAAAGAGUUGGCACACUGUUAGGACUGCCCCCACAACAUCUGAGGAAACGUGUUGCACCUGCGUGGCCAAGGCAGUCGCUCUGAUCACUGACAUAGGAGAAUUCAAGCGCUACGUGCGUUAGGAGCGUUGCUGGCUGGGCUGACGUUGGGGAACCUGGUCUCCCUGGGUAUUCAUAGGAAUAAAAGAGAUUGCUGCUGCUGUGGCUUUUUCCAAAGUAAAAUGCCUUUCACAUGCUCUUUUGGGGGAAGCAGGACUGGUUGGGAUCAUUUGAAGGAUGCUUUUUCCCUCAGAAAAUGCUCAUGCCUCAGAAUAGAGGCUCUCUGCAGGCUUCAAGUCCGCUGGAGCGGGGAGAUGUCCAUAGCGCCUGGCUGGCAUGUGGGAUAGAGCCAAACCCAGCUUGUGGGCCCCAUUAUAUCUGCAAUCUGGAGCCUUUCCUCCUAGCUCCAGUGGCACCUCCGUUAGAGACGGUCCAGGUGGUUUUGUAAGGCAAAAGCAGGCAGCUGGUGCCUUUGCUGGCAGGAUUUCUGUCUUUGACUCUCCAUCUGUUCUGCUGAUGUGGUGCAGGGGGCUCACUUAUAGUGCAGAGCAAGGGUUUGUGUGAUUUGGGUUUACAUGCAAUGCCAGACUGAAAGCAAAAAGCAAGUGGAGAAGGGAGAGGGGAAAAGUAGCCCAGUAGAUUUGAAAAGGUCCUGCUCAUCUGCGAGGACUGAUGUGCAAACUCUGGUUGCUCCCUUGCCCUCAGGCCCUGGUGUUUCACACACCUUCUUGGCAGUGAGGGCCAGAGAAGCUCUGUCCUGCACAGCUGGCCAGAGGCUCUGCAAGAGGGAUGCUCCCCAGUGUGAGGCAGCAGCUGCAGGAUUGCACCUCUGUGACACCCACCACCACCACUACCACUAGUUUUGCUGUGUGCUCAGCAUUGCUUGGAAUGAAAUGACAGAAUUAGAGCGCGUACUGCUCGUCCCAAGCAGCAGAGGGGCUCUUCUAGUGCUAUGACGUUGCUGAGCCACACACUCCAACCACGGCCAGGGUGGGCACCGUUUUCUAAAGCAGCACAGUCACCCCAUAUUGGUGACGCUGAACAGCAGUACCCCUAGGGCUCCCCCUCUGCUGUAUGUGGCCACGGCUGUCAGCCAGUGGGGGUCACAAUGGGAUGUUCCCUUGCCAUGGUGAUGGCCCCCUGGUCUGCAGUGCCCCCAGCCCUCUCCGCGUGUCCCACGAGGCCUGGGCGAGCGCAGCUCCACCCUACGGCACGCUGGAGGGGCUGCAGGCC